AUGCGUGCGGCUACGGAGAGUGCCUCUCGCCGCGCGCUGCUGUCGCUCUGCUCCGCUCUGCUGGCGACUCCCACGCCAAGCCCUGCCGCAGCGGCGGCCGCGGCUGCAGCGGCACGCGGGCUGCAGACCUUUGACAUCGCCGCCUCGGAUCUCGACCGCCGCAGCUUCCGUGGCAUGCAGCUCAGCAACGGACUGCGGGUGCUGCUGUGCUCAGACCCCGAGGCGGGCAAAGCGGCCGCCUCGAUGAACGUGGCGGUCGGCUCCAUGUCAAACCCGGUGGAGUGGCCGGGGCUGGCGCACUUCUGCGAGCACAUGCUCUUUCUCGGCACCAAGCGCUUCCCGGGCGAGGGCGAAUUUGAGAGGUUCAUUGCGGCCAACGCUGGAUCGAACAAUGCCUUCACCGGCUCCGAGGAGACAAACUACUUCUUCUCGGUGAACGGCGACGCGUUGCCUGGUGCGCUAACACGCUUCGCCGACUUCUUCACCGCGCCGCUCUUCAGCGAGAGCGGCACCACUCGCGAGGUGGACGCCAUCGACGCAGAGCACGCAAAGAACCUGCAGUCAGACUUUUGGCGCUCGGACGCCGUGCUGCGCCUCCGCGCGCGGCCAGACCACCCAUACUCGCGCUUCUUCACCGGCAACCGGCAGACUCUGCGGGGAGGCGACGCCGACGCGCGUGCCGCACUCUUCGCCUUCCACCGGGCCUUCUACCGCGCUCCGCAGAUGGCGCUCGCCGUCGCGGGGCCGCAGUCGCUCGACGCGCUACAGCGGCUUGUGCAGGCAAACUUCGGCGCGCUCCCGCCUGGGCCGGCGCCUCCCGCGAGCGCCGCGUACGACGCGUUGCCUCCGCCGUUUGACACGCAGCCGCAGGCGGAGCCGCCGGUGGCGACGGUGCUGGUUCCCGUGCGAGAGCAGCGCUCGGUGACGGUGACGUGGUGCCUGCCCGUGGAGGACCCGGACGAGUGGUGGCGCGCCAAGCCCGACUCAACCGUGGCAAAGGGACUGGCGAGCUCCGUCGACGGCUCUAUCGACGAGUUCACGCGCUCCUUCGUCGUCCUGACGGCGUACAUCGGCCUCACGCCGCAGGGGCUGCAGCGCUGGCCCGAGGUGGUCUCUGCCCUCUUUUCGUACCUCGCGCUGCUGCGCGAGGAGGGAGUGCCGCCUCACGUCUACGCCGAGGAGCGGCGGAUGCGCGAGUUGGCCUUCGCGUUCGCCGAGCCCGCGCCGCCGAGCAGCUUUGUGCAGAGCGCCUCCGGCAACCUCUUCCUCUUCCCGCCUCGGGAGUGGCUGCGCGGCCCGCUGCUUGCGGGCGAGGGGGCGGAGCCGCUCGUGAGGUCAAUCCUCGAGGGGCUCACGCCGCAGGCGGCGGUCGUCAAGCUGACUGCGCGCGAGCUGGCCCCGCUGGCAACACGAGUCGAGCCCGUCUACAGCGCGAGCUACGGCGAGAUGCCGAUCGGCAGGGAGGUGGCCGCGUGGUCGGCAGCCCCGCGCCUCGAUGGCCUGGCGGACGAACGGUUUGGGAGGCCCAAGGCGUUCGCCUUCGUCUCGCUGCGCACGCCGCAGCUGUACGAGAGUGCCGCCGCCGCGGCUCAGGCCGAGCUCUACGCGGCGCUCCUCUCCGACGCGCUGCAAGACGUGACGUACCAGGCGGCACGCGCAGGGCUCUCCGCGGGCGCCUCCGUCGGUUGGCAGGGCCUGUCUCUCUCCCUCUCGGGGUACGACCAGCGGCUGCCCGAGUUGGCGGCGCUCGUGGCCGACUCGCUCCGCACGUUUGACGUGGCGCCGCUCGCGUUCGAGCGGCAGCGCGACGGCUUGCUCCGCCAGCUGAGAGGCGCGGACAAGCGGCAGCCCGUCGAGCAGGCGGCGUACCGGCGCAACCUCGCUCUCGAGACGCCGCGCUACACCAACGAGCAGCUCGCCGCCGGGCUCGAGAAGGCGACGCUGCCGCAGGUCCUCGGCCUGCAAAGGCGGCUGCUGCCCGAGGUUGAGGUCGAGGCGCUGCUCUGCGGCAACGUCGCGGAGGGACAGGCGACACAGCUCGUGCUGAAGCUGCUGAACGCACUGGGCUCGCGGCCGCUGCCGGUGGCGCGCCGCCCCGUGCGCCGCGUGCGCGUGCUGCCCGCUGGGGAGCGCACGCUGCAGCAGUUCGUCGCGGCGAGUCAGGCCGAGGUCAACUCUGCGACGGAGGUCUACUUCCAGGUUGGCGGCGACGAGGCCGACGACUGGGUGCUGCUCACGCUGCUGAGCCAGUUGAUGUCCAAGGCACCCUACGGCCACGGGACCGAACCACUGGAUUCAGGCUCUGGAGGGCUCUCCUUCCUCGUGCAGAGCAAGGUUGCCGCGCCCGAGGCCGUGGAGGAGCGCAUCGAGGCGUUCCUGCGGCUCUUCCGCGGCACCCUCCUCCUGCUCGGCGAGGCGGAGGUGCAGUCAUACGCCGCCUCCAUCGCCGCGCAGUUCACCGACGCGGGGCGGCUGUGGGCCGAGUGCACGCGGCGGAGAUACGACUUUGAGCGGCCGUGGCGCAGCGCCGAGAAGGUCAAGCGCCUAACGCGCGAGCAGCUGAUCGCCUUUUUCGACCGCCACGUAGCGAGCGGCAGCCCGACGCGCCGGCAGCUGUCGACACACGUGUACGCGCAGAGCAUGGCGCCACCCCAGCUGCGGGUGCAGCUGCCGGGAGACGAUUUCUACCCGGCGCCGAGGGACUUGCUACUCGCGCUCAAGGCGCUCUUCCGGGCUUGCCGUGCGUACGGCCUAGGCGAACAGUUCAACACUGCGGCGCAAGACGAGGGAACCUUUGCCGAGUGGCUCGACGAGCUGCCGAUCGAGGUGGCUGCGGCGACCGCCCGGCUGCUCAAGCACCACGCGCGCUCUCCGGCGCACGUGCCGGAGCCGUCCGACUGUAGCGACUAG